AUGUGUUCUUUCUUACAGUUCCAAAUGAUGGAACCAGCAACUUCAUCGCAGCGACGGGAAAUUUCAUUCAACUGUAACACCCUUUCGGUGCUUAAAUGCCAUGCCACCAGAGGGAGGCGCGAGGGUUGGGAUACUGCCAAGUCGCCCAAGUCUAAACAGAAGUCGAGAGGCAGAGGUCGGUUUCCAAUCACGGACCUUCCAGUCGGUAAAUUCGCACUCCAACCACUGAUCCAUCCUAGAUGUAUCCGUUUUGAAGUUUGCCCAUCGAGCAAGGCCUUGCAUACAGCGGCCUGGGUACAGUUUAGCUUGUUUGUGUCCCAGUCUACAGCGUUCAUACGCGAUAAACUGCGGCUGCCAAAUCGGGUGGGAAAGAUGGGAGUAUGCCCGGAUAGACUAGUGAUUCACACAACUCGCCAGACACACCAAAUUGAGGUUAAAUACUACGCAAUAUGGUCCGAAUUAUUGCAGUCACAGAACAGAGCUCAUGAUCCUCCGGAUUUAAGACUUCCAGCGGCAAUUUGUUCAACGGUUGAGGACAUCGGCGUUGUACUUCGAUGGGGUAAUAAUCCACGUAGUAGCAAGCACCAUUCCAACUGA